UAAUGUGUGGGACCCACUAUGAUGUAUGCAUGGCAUCCCAUCCGCUCAUCACGGGCCGCCAUUCAUGUUCUCCUUGGCGCCCAAAAAUUAGACUGAUCCAAGACUCAGGUGGGCCACUCCAUGGGGAAAAGUUGGGAUUGGGAUGCGCACCAUGAAAACCUUUCUGAUUGUGUGUGGGGCCCAUUGUGUUUUGCAUAUGCUAUCCAAGCCAUUCAUAAGGUGAGCCACAUCAUGAUGAAUGGACACCCGAAAUUCAGGUAGAUCGAAACUCAGGUGGGGCUACACUACUUGAUUUUAGAGUUUUUAGGCAUGAUUUUUCACAGUGUGGCGCAACUGAGUUUUGGAUUGGCCUGAUUUUUGGGCCCCAAGAAGAAAGAUGGGCCGCACAUGAUGGGCGGAUUGAAUAUCAUGCACACAUCAUGUUGUAGGAUAAACUUCACAUACAAAGCUUUGUAGUGGAUUUAGCCUCAAUUAUUUUCUUGUUAAUGUUUUAUGUUUAAUUAAAUUAAUUUUUUAAAUUUCUUAAUUUGAUCAUUCAAGGACGGAUUUCCAACACAUUUUCGUAAAAUUCCAUCUUGGGUUUUAUUCAACUGAAGCAAUGAUCCUAUUGUCAUUCUUUAUUUGAUGGAAUGAUCAAUGUACAUGAGAUCAUAAUCCACUGUACAAUGAAGAGUGCUGCAGCUAAGGCCACGCCCACAAGCCAGAUCGCACAGGUGUAUGGUCAGCUGAUCUGAAGGAUUCUGUACACAUGGGGUCAUAUGCCAGUUUUCCGAAUAGUUGAUUUUAUGGUCCCCACCUUUGGUAGGGUGUGGCUUGAAACUCUUUUCUUAUGAAAGAUCCCAACUCUUUGAUUGAUGGUCAUGGAUAGGGAGAAAGCACUGGAAUGUUCCACAUUCGAUGAAAAAUAGUCCAACUAUAAAAUAAUUGGUAUCUUUGGAUCUGAACAAUGUUCCAGUAGUUCCCUAUCUAUAUCAGGGUCCAUCAGUUUGACAUUCUUGAUCUUUGAACCGUGGACCCACAUUACAAGAUACUUCACUUCAACAAAUUGUGUGAAUGCUGACAAGGACAACCCUAUGAUCCUCUUCUAUAAGAAUCCAUUGGAACAACUGUUUGUGUGGAAUGUUCAUCAGGUGGACCGCACCUUGCACGUGCCCUGAUGCAGGACAAUUAACCACUUGCUCUAAAAGCUCAAACUAAUAGAGCAUGGCGAAUUAAUCCCUUUAUCUCAUAGCCCAGGUCCCCAAUCCAUGGGUUAGGUCCUUGGCCGAACCCUCCUUGUGAGCCCCAAAUCCAUGGGUUCUGCCUCACACGAGCCACCUGCCUCACACGGGCUCCAAAUCCAUGGGUUCCACAGGUCACCCACCCUGAGUGUGCCCCUGCAUCCCAUAGGCCACCCCACUCGAGCCUAGUGUGAAAAUGCCCCGCAUUAAUCACCCUGGUGAGGAGUCUCGAAAACUCAAGGCCAGUCCACUCAUCAGCUUCCUCACAUGCAUGAAAAAAAAUGGAUGGCUGUAAAGAUGAUCAGUUCACAUUUUCCAGUUGGGCCCCAUUUGAUAAGCAAACCAGCCUGAUUUUUGGCCAGAGUGUAUAAACGGUGUGGUAUACCUGAUGAACUGCCUUGAUCUCAUAGACAUGUGUUGCACAGGCAGGUGUGCUAGCAAAAUGAUGUCUAAUCCUACUUAUGAAUCUUCAGUUUUGACUUUUGAGCAAAGAAUUAAUUCAAUCUACUGUCGGAAAAUGGGGUUUACUUCAAAAAAUGAAUAGAAGUAAGAAGUCAGUCCAUGUGUCACUGUCAAGAUUUCAAAUUGAUUCAUCCAAAACAACUCAAUGGAAAAUUUUUCUUUCAAAAUUCUCUUUUGACCUCUACAUUUGUUUGCGAGCUCUCCCGACACGUAUACUAACCAUAGGAAAGAAGAGAUCCCCAGGGAUCCAAUCUUUGGUCGAAGAGUACAAGGAGAAGCUCAAGUAUUAUUGCAGCAUCAAUGACAUCCAAAUCAGAUCCAAUCCAAAAAAUACUAGUGCUGACAUUCCAAGCAGUGAUGUGAAUGCCCAGAUUGAAGGCGAAGACACAAUCGUCAUGCAGCACAUCAGAUCUGAAGAUUGGGUUGUGUUGUUGGAUGAGCAUGGGCUAGAUAUUGGGUCAGAGCAGAUGGCUGACUUGGUGGGAGAUGCUGGACAAACAGGAUCAUCAGCACUGGCAUUUUGCAUUGGCGGCCCUUAUGGUCAUGGAAAAAAAUUGCGUGAACGUGCUGACGUAACGAUCAGGUUGUCCUCCCUGGUCUUAAAUCACCAAAUCGCAUUGAUAGUACUAUUGGAGCAACUUUAUAGAGCAUGGACUAUUCUCAAAGGACAGAAAUACCAUCACUAGCAUUGCUACUCUCCACAUGCUGACAAUCAAGCUAUUUUACCCAGCGAGUGUUGUUGAGUCAGCAUGAUUUUGCAUGACUAGAAGUGACUUGUACUGCCCCCGCUGAUUAUUUAGCCUUCUUACAUUCAAAGAUCGACGAGCCUCGGCUUUUGCCAAAAAGAUGGCUACUCAUCAUCGUUGUGGUCAUCCUCUUCGUCGUGGUCUAAGCCAUCUAAGCCAUGUCCCAACUAAUUGGGAUCAGCUGCAGGAAUCGUAUUCUGCAAUUCUACCCAUGUAAAUUGGUUUGCAUUAGUGGGGCCCCUGCAUUUGAAGGUCAGCACCUUGUUCUACUCAGCUGGCUGCCUAUGCGACCAAUCAAAGCGCAACAACGCAUGUGGGCACCUUUUUCUAUCACAUGCGAGAAUAGCGUCGUCUGUAUUUAGACAAUUGAAUUAGCAGUUUUUUACUUCUUCCGAAUAUUACAUCAUUUUAUGAAAUUCUGCAUUUUAAAAAAAUCACUGCAGGAUGAGAAGCUUCUGAAUAUUACAUCUUUUUAAGAAAUUCUGCAUUUUU